CACAACACGAGUUCUUCUUAAGCCUAGCCAAGCUGGUUUGGUUUCGCUUCGCAGCGCAAACUUUCCGUCGCGGACUAAGCCAGGGCGCUUGUUGUCAAGGCAGGUGGCGUGUAGACCGGCGGGGGGAGCCUGUUGUCGUUUCUGCAGCUGCGGAAGCUCCCGGGGAUAGGCAGCGCGGAGGGGCACGGGCUCCGCGUCGGCGUAAUUGGCUGCUGCCUCUGGUCAAGCGAAGCGAAGCGGGGCUCAAGUUCCUGAACGUUCCGUCUCAGGAAGGCGCCGGACCCGAGGGAAAACAGGCGCGGCCACAGUACGCAGGGCCUUCUUUCUGCGGAUGUCCCGACCAAGCCCUACUUGGUCCCAGAGAGAGAAGGCUCCAUGCAGUGGAACUCCAGCCACCCUGCUGCCUGCUUCGUCUUCAGACAGUGAUUCUGGCUGCGCCCUGGAAGAUUACCCAGGACCAACCACAGAAAUCCCCCCAGCAGAGGUGUUGCCAAACUUUGGCUCUUGCUCCUCCAAUGCCGUUCCUCCAGCCACUCAGUACCAGCUCCGCAUCAGAACUCUCCUUCAGCAGCUGCCCCCACAGGACUGCAACGAGAGAUACUGCCCAUCCAUUGGGGAAGAUGAGAGAGAGCAGCUGCGGAUAUUUGCUGCACGGCGGAGGCAAGAAUCACUGGGGCAGGGAGUCCAAUACCCGGUGCCCCCCAGCAUUCAUGGGUGCUUAUGCAAAAAAUGCGCUAAGAUUAUGACCAGAGGGGAGCAGGGUGUGUUUGCACCUAAGCUGGGAGAUCAGUGCUGCUGGCAUCCUGCCUGUUUUGUGUGUCACACCUGCCACCAGCCCUUAGUAGAUCUGAUCUACUUCCAUCGACAUGGGCAGAUCUACUGCGGUCGUCACCAUGCAGAAUUUUUCCGCCCACGCUGUGCUUCGUGUGAUCAGCUGAUCUUCACCUCUGAAUGCAUGGAGGCAGAAGGCCUGCGCUGGCACGAAGACCACUUCUGCUGCCUCGAGUGUGACGUGUCCCUGGGGGCCCGGCGAUACGUCAUGAAGGGCGGCCAGCCCUGCUGCUGCGCUUGCUUUGAGAGCCUUUAUGCAGACGUCUGUCAAGCCUGCGGAGAAAUUAUUGGUGUCGACAGUGAGCAGGCCACCCUCCAAGGUCAGCACUGGCACGCCAAAGCCUCGUGCUUCUGCUGUAGCCUUUGCCAAAAAGCGCUGCUGGGCCAAAAGGUUACUACACACAACGGCCUCCUCUUCUGCUCCGAAGCCUGCAGCUUGGAGAAGGAAACGGCUUUGUCGUCCACCGGCUCCGAUUCCUCCGACUCUGCGUUCAUUUCUGCGCCGUCCCCUGACUCCACGCCCAUCUCCAGAGCAAGGAACAGUAACCCAGGCUGCUCCUCUGAAGCAGCAAGAGCCAACAGUGAUGCCAGUGAGGAAGUGGCCGAGGCAGAUGAAAUUAAAAAGCUUCACCUAUCUGGAAAUUCCUCAGUAUGUCCUGAGCUUGACGGCCAGAAGAAAGCAGUUGUUUUCAGGAACAGGACAGUCUCCUCACAGCUUGAUGAAUUUGAGGCCUCCUCCAGAGGUUCUCCUCAAGAGGAAGUGGAAGCCUCCACACCCCAUCCCAUAGAAGCAGCUUGGAGCACCAGCAGUAUGAGGGAGAGCCCAAUCUUAAGGGCCGCUCUCCCACAAACGUCUCGGCAGCGGGUUGGAGACCACCGCUUCAGAAGUAGUAUCUCAGUAGCCCCGCACACAUCAGUGUUAAUCAUGGACUUCCCAGAGAGAUCUCAGGAAGGCAGCACUGGUGAGCAGGAAGUUGGGGUGGAACAAGAUGACACUUGGUGCCCUACGUGCUCAUCGUCUUCCGAUUCCGACUCUGAGCCAGAGGGCUUCUUCUUUGGAAAGCCAAUCCCAAAGCCUGGGGCCAGACCCACAGCUCUCCCCGAUAUGGAGCAGGGAACUCUGGGCAAAGGGGCAGGGCGGGCUGCCAGAGCAAGGUCAAGCAGCAAACACUGUAGCAUAUCCUAGCAGGGGGUUAGUUGCCAGACACCUGAAAAGAGUCAGGCAGAAGAGGGGGUUGUGGUGCAAGCAGACGUCUUAUGUAGCAAGGCUCGGGGACGAAGAAUGAAAAGCCAGCUCCCGAUCAAUGCAAAGCAAGCAAGUCUAAGCUAGGCAAGUCAGGAAGAAUUGUGUACAGCAAACGUGAGAAACUGGAAUGUCCUGGAUGCCGUUUGCAUUUCCACUGGUUAGUGAAGGUGUGCACUUCACAGGUUUUGGAGUGCACAACUUCACUUCCUCCUUCAUGGACUGCAGCUUUUUUUACUAAAAAAAAAAGUGUAACUAAGUUUUUUGGCAUACUGAUGUCCAUGUUACCAGGCUUACUUUCUGCAGGACCCCUUUUGAUGUUUUUAAAAAAUAGGGAAGGAAAGUCUUACAGGUGUGUGCCCCCCUCCCCCCUUUCUCACAUUAACGGGGAGGAGGAUGAACACUUUCUGCAGCCAGCAUUUCUGCGUGAAGUGUGGAAGGCAGAGAUACAGGCAGAGGCUGUUUUAAAUCGGUGCUUUUAAAUCAGAACCUUGAAAAUCUGAGUUAACGCAUUCGGUAAGGGCGAUCUUUUGGUCUGGUUUUGUACUUGUUCGCUUUUGUGACUGGUUGUUCUCUGCUGCUCCCUGCUGGCAGCUGUGGGCAUAUUUUUCACAGCCUGGUGAUUAUUGAAGAAUACCAGGAGAUACUAUAAACAAGUAGAACGCUUGACAAUUCGACUGAUGAUCCUUAAAACUCUAUAGUCACUGGGUGUACGUUCAUUUGUAUACACCUGACAGAUAAAUAACUUAAAAACACACUCUAGUUAUUAAAAAUCUGUUUGUAUGCCAGGAUCUUGGAGAAGGGUAAAAGUAACGCAGUUAAUUUUUAGAGAGUGGCAGGAGUGAAUGAGAUGGCACACAGUUACCCCUUCUGCUCUGAACAGCCACUGGCCCUGCUCAGAAGACACCUUAAACCAUGGCUUUAACCACGGUGAAUAAAGCAAAAAGCCUAAAGACAUGGUCUAAGGUGUCUCCUGAACACAGCCUGGCUUUCUGGCUCAACCACCAUGGUUAAAGCCAUGGUUUAAGGUGUCUUCUGAAUGGGUCCACUAUUUAAAGUUCUUUGGCAUGAUGACUCUUGCACAAGACAACCCAUCCGUAUCAAGCACUAAUGUAAUGACUUUGUGCUAAGCGGGGUCUGUUGUUUCACGAACAACUCUGAUCUUGAUAAAAGGCCUAGGCAGGCAUUCUUACUCAUGUGCAGAAGCAAUGCAUGAGUUUGGGUGUGGAGCGGUGCUCCACCUUCUUGCCCUGCCCCCCCCCCAUCUGUGCAUUGAGAUGCACAUCUGUAAAGGCUCCCCCUUACCAGAUCUGUGUCAACACAUGGAUGGUGGUGAAAUGGUGUGCAAAGUUGGGGCUGGCUAGCAUAGUUUGGACAAGUAAGAACACCUUGAUAAGGCUAAAGUAAUCUACAAAUCUAGCUGAAUGGAAGUGAGCACUGCUAUACAUUAGAGUGAGUCGCCCUUUUCACGUUUCUGGCACACUUUUUUGAUGGAGUGACAAGUACCUCCUGGUCCUGUUGCCUACCAUCUGUGCAAUGAGCACAGAUGUGUGAAAGGAGAAGCCUGCGUGUGAGCAGUUGUUUCAGAGGCCCAACGUGGAAAGUAAAAACAAGCAAUCAGCAUAGCCCUGUAGGUAGGGGGCUGUCAACUAUAAGACACUCUACAGCAUGAAUAUUCAAGUAGACCUUAUAGGGUAUAGAAUGUGAAAUAAGGCCAUCAUCCACGUUCAUGCAAAAAACGCCUGGUAUCGUUGCUUACUAGCUCCUCAACCUCCCAGCUCAUGUAUAUUCAAAAAGGUGCACAGAUAACAGUAAGUAGAUUAACCCUGCCUUAAUCUCCUUGUUCAAAUGCUUGACUUGCCAACCUUAACCUGGAUGCUAAAAGAAUGUUGUACAAUUUUAUCUACGGUUGUCUAAGUGCUAGUA